CCCCACCACUCCAGGAGGAGAAAGCAAGGGAUCAAAGCCCAGGUGUCCUCCACAGCCUAACCCGGCCGUCCGCUGCUCAGUUUCCACUAGGGCUGGCGGUGCUUUUUCCUGCAAGACAUGAAAACCUAAAAGACGUGGAGAAUAUCAAUCCAACAGGAGGUGGUGGAAGUGGAGGGGGGGGGGGGGAAUCUGAAGAGCAGAGCUUCUGGAGUCUCGCCUUUUGGAGCCUUGAGGAUUAUACAAGGAAUUUUUGUGCUACUACUUAGACGCUAAAGGGGGUUAUCCAAAAGACAGAGCUUCCUUUGCAUCCCACCUCCCUUGGAUUCUUGAGAAGACAGGGGGGCUUUCAGGACCAUGGCAUCGCCAGAAGGCAGAAAGAGCAGCACGAGGCAAAGAAAAGUUACCAAAUCUGUUAAAUAAUCAUUCAUGAAAGACAACCAGCCGUUCAGGAGAUGUCCAAUUUCUCGUGGAAAAAUUGCCAACAAUAUGCCUAAGCAGGUAGAAGUGCGGAUGCAUGAAAGCCAACUGAGCCCUGUGGAGCCAAGGCCCAAGAAUGUAUGCCUGCGGUUCUGCCAAUCACUCAGAAAAAACCUGCUCUUGUCUCUUACUGUAUUUGGUGUCAUAAUGGGUGCUUUGUGUGGGGGUCUUCUUCGUCUGGCAACUCCUAUUGAUCCUGACAUCAUCAUGUUAAUAGCCUUCCCAGGAGAUAUCCUUAUGAGGAUGUUAAAAAUGUUGAUCCUACCUUUAAUUAUAUCCAGUUUAAUCACAGGACUGUCAGGUUUGGAUGCUAAAGCUAGUGGCCGACUGGGCACAAGAGCCAUGGUCUACUACAUGUCUACUACUAUCAUUGCUGCUGUGCUAGGGGUGAUUCUGGUUUUAGCCAUUCACCCAGGAAAUCCCAAACUCAAGAAGCAGCUGGGAGAAGGAAAGAAAAAUGAUGAAGUAUCCAGUUUGGAUGCUUUCUUGGAUCUCAUCCGGAACCUGUUCCCUGAAAAUCUAGUCCAAGCAUGCUUCCAGCAGAUCCAAACUGUCACUAAGAAAGUGUUGGUGCCUCCACAAACUGAAGAACCAGCUAACGUCACUGACUCUGUCUUUGCUCUGAUGAACGAGACGAUGACUGAAGCACCACCAGAAGCCCAGUUGGUCAUUAAAAAGGGGCUUGAGUUUAAAGAUGGAAUGAAUGUCUUAGGCCUGAUAGGGUUCUUCAUUGCUUUUGGCGUUGCUAUGGGGAAGAUGGGAGAGCAGGCCAAAAUGAUGGUGGAUUUCUUCAGCAUCCUGAAUGAGAUUGUAAUGAAACUAGUGACUAUGAUCAUGUGGUACUCUCCUUUCGGCAUUGCCUGCCUUAUUUGCGGGAAAAUCAUUGCAAUUAAGGACUUAGAAGUGGUUGCCAGGCAACUUGGAAUGUACAUGGUAACAGUGAUCGUGGGCCUUCUCAUCCACGGUGGGAUCUUCUUGCCUUCACUGUACUUCGUGAUAACAAGGAAAAGCCCCUUCACAUUCCUUGCUGGCAUUUUCCAGGCAUGGAUCACAGCUCUAGGCACAGCUUCCAGUGCUGGUACAUUACCUGUCACUUUCCGUUGUCUUGAAGAAAACUUGGGCAUUGAUAAGCGUGUAACAAGAUUUGUCCUGCCUGUUGGAGCAACAAUUAACAUGGAUGGGACAGCCCUGUAUGAAGCAGUUGCUGCCAUCUUCAUAGCACAGAUGAAUGGAAUUAUGUUGGAUGGUGGGCAGAUAGUCACUGUGAGUCUGACAGCCACCUUAGCAAGUGUUGGAGCUGCCAGUAUACCCAGUGCAGGACUGGUCACCAUGCUUCUCAUCCUCACCGCGGUGGGUCUCCCCACUCAGGACAUCAGUCUGCUUGUUGCUGUUGACUGGCUCUUAGACCGGAUGAGAACAUCAGUAAAUGUUGUAGGAGAUUCUUUCGGUGCUGGCAUUGUGUAUCACCUCUCCAAGGCAGAGCUGGAAAACCUGGAUUCCCAGCAUAAGGGGCAUGAAGACAUUGAAAUGACCAAGACUCAAUCAAUUUAUGAUGACAUGAAAAAUCAUAGGGAAAACAACUCAAACCAAUGUGUUUAUGCAGCUCACAACUCUGUCAUAGUAGAUGAAUGCAAGGUGACACUGGCAACCAAUGGCAAAUCUGCAGACUUCAAUGUUGUUGAGGAAGAGCCUUGGAAACCUGAAAAUUAAGGAAAGCGAGUCCCAUCUCCAUCAUUAAUAAAUCCCUGAAGCUAUCUUAUGGUAAAAGAUAUCAAGAUUAAAGAAUAUUUCUCUAUUUAUUUAA